UUUGCUCUUUAAUUGUUGUCGUUUGCUCUUCAAUCGCAUUCUCUCUUCCUCUCUCUCGCUUCAGUUGGUUCUUCAGAUCUCAGAGAAAAUGCCAUCCAUUAAUGGAGCUCGAUUAACUACAUUUGAGGAUUCUGAGAAAGAGAGCGAGUAUGGAUAUGUUCGCAAGGUGUCCGGACCAGUUGUCGUUGCUGAUGGAAUGGCAGGAGCUGCUAUGUAUGAACUGGUUCGAGUUGGUUAUGACAACCUUAUCCUGGAAAUUAUUCGAUUGGAAGGAGAUUCAGCUACCAUCCAAGUUUAUGAAGAAACAGCUGGUUUGAUGGUGAACGACCCUGUUUUACGAACACACAAGCCCCUCUCAGUGGAGCUGGGACCUGGAAUUUUAGGAAACAUUUUUGAUGGCAUUCAGAGGCCACUGAAGACUAUUGCUAAGAGAUCUGGUGAUGUCUAUAUUCCUCGUGGUGUUUCUGUCCCAGCCCUUGACAAAGAUACACUAUGGGAGUUCCAGCCCAAGAAACUAGGUGAAGGAGAUCUUUUAACUGGUGGAGACUUGUAUGCUUCUGUUUUUGAGAAUAGCUUAAUGCAACACCAUGUUGCACUUCCCCCUGAUGCUAUGGGAAAGAUCACUUACAUAGCACCACCUGGUCAAUAUUCACUAAAGGACACAGUGCUAGAACUUGAGUUUCAAGGUGUCAAAAAGCAAUUUACCAUGCUUCAGACUUGGCCUGUCCGUACACCUAGGCCUGUUGCCUCAAAGCUUGCUGCUGAUACACCUCUCCUUACUGGGCAGCGUGUUCUCGAUGCUCUCUUUCCCUCAGUCCUGGGUGGGACUUGUGCAAUUCCUGGGGCAUUUGGCUGUGGGAAAACAGUCAUCAGUCAAGCUCUUUCCAAGUACUCUAAUUCUGACACUGUGGUUUAUGUUGGAUGUGGAGAGAGAGGAAAUGAAAUGGCAGAGGUUCUGAUGGAUUUUCCUCAACUGACAAUGACACUGCCUGAUGGGAGAGAAGAAUCUGUCAUGAAGAGAACUACGCUCGUAGCUAACACUUCUAACAUGCCUGUGGCUGCAAGGGAGGCUUCAAUUUAUACAGGUAUCACAAUUGCCGAAUACUUUAGAGACAUGGGUUACAAUGUCAGUAUGAUGGCAGAUUCAACAUCUCGUUGGGCUGAGGCUUUGCGUGAGAUAUCUGGAAGACUGGCAGAAAUGCCAGCAGACAGUGGUUACCCUGCUUAUCUGGCAGCACGUUUAGCCUCUUUCUAUGAGCGUGCUGGUAAAGUUAAGUGCCUUGGUGGGCCAGAACGCACAGGUAGUGUCACCAUUGUGGGUGCAGUUUCUCCACCAGGUGGAGAUUUUUCAGAUCCAGUGACAUCAGCUACACUUAGUAUUGUCCAGGUGUUCUGGGGUUUGGACAAAAAGCUUGCUCAGAGGAAACAUUUCCCAUCUGUAAACUGGCUUAUUUCUUACUCUAAGUACUCAACCGCAUUGGAAUCUUUUUAUGAACAAUAUGACCCUGAUUUUAUUAAUAUCAGGACAAAGGCUCGUGAGGUGCUGCAAAGAGAAGAUGACCUUAAUGAAAUUGUCCAGCUUGUUGGAAAGGAUGCUUUGGCAGAAACGGAUAAAAUUACACUGGAGACUGCAAAGCUCUUGAGGGAGGACUAUCUUGCUCAAAAUGCUUUCACACCAUAUGACAAGUUUUGUCCCUUUUACAAGUCAGUUUGGAUGAUGAGGAACAUUAUUCAUUUCUAUAAUUUGGCCAAUCAGGCAGUAGAACGAGGAGCUGGUAUGGACGGGCAGAAAAUAACAUACAGCCUCAUCAAGCAUCGUCUUGGAGAUCUUUUCUACCGUCUUGUAUCUCAGAAAUUUGAAGAUCCAGCAGAAGGCGAGGAAGCUCUGGUAGCAAAGUUCACCAAACUAAAUGAAGAUCUCACCAUGGGCUUCCACAACCUUGAGGAUGAAGGCCGGUGAUGAUGCAAACCACAUGAAGAUCUCACCAUGGGUUUCUGCAACCUUGAGGAUGAAACUCAAUGAUGAUGACAGAUUGAAGCCACUCGAUUUAUAUUUGUGUGAUCACUACAAACAUCAGUGACAAUGCAGACUGGUUUUUCAUUAACAUUAAUUGUAUUAGUUUUUUAUACUAUUCAAUUAAUAAUAGCAAGAAGAAACUACAUUCUUAA